CUCCGUACACAACUCAACCUCGAAACACUUUCCCUCGUCUAUUUAGACCCCUCAAUCUAUCUUUUUAUCUCUCUAGCUGGUCUAUCACCCAUCAGGAAACAACAAUCUCGCAUACACCACUUUUUCGCCUUACAAUUAUCCUCGGAUACCUUUCAACCAGAGUCUCAGGAUGUCUGCCCAAAUGCUCACGUUCCUCAGCAACGAUGGAGUCGAGAUCACAAUCGCCCGCGACGUUGCUGAACGCUCUGUUUUGAUCAAAAACAUGCUCGAGGAUCUUGGCGACACCGAUGAGGCCAUUCCUAUCCCGAAUGUCAACGAAGCUGUCUUGAGGAAGGUUAUCGAGUGGUGCGAGCACCACAAGGGCGACCCCCCAAGCACCGGUGAUGAUGAUGAUUCGCGCCGCAAGACGACUGAUAUUGAUGAAUGGGAUCAGAAAUUCAUGCAGGUCGAUCAGGAGAUGCUUUUUGAAAUCAUCCUUGCUGCAAACUAUUUGGACAUCAAGGGUCUCUUGGAUGUUGGCUGCAAGACUGUUGCCAACAUGAUUAAGGGCAAGUCUCCUGAAGAGAUUCGAAAGACAUUCAACAUUCAGAACGAUUUCACUCCCGAGGAGGAAGACCAAAUCCGUCGUGAAAAUGAAUGGGCUGAAGAUCGCUAAAUGUGUACUUCUGGUCAGCGUCACUACUACUGCAUACCUUCUCAAGGAUUGCUGUCUCUUUACAAGGCCGUGGUUCUUGUAAAGAUAGGCGCUUAGGUGAUGUUUUUGGCUUGAUA